UCAUUUUCAUUUCAGUCGAGCCUGACUCAACUUCUACAUCUGAACAAUGGAUCGUUGGAGAGGCAAAGUAGCUAUAGUUACAGGAGCUAGUGCAGGAAUAGGGGCAGCAAUUGCAGAAAAACUAGUAGAAGAAGGCUUGCAAGUCGUAGGUUUUGCCAGAAGACACCAACGCAUCGAAGCAAGAUCCCAAAAACUAAAAAACCAUAAAGGAAAACUGUAUGCAGUGAAAGUAGACGUAACCCAAGAAGAGGACAUUUUAAAAGGAUUCAAAUGGGUAGCGGAAAACGUAGGCCCAGUUCACAUUUUAAUUAACAACGCCGGAGUUCUCCAACACACCAACCUAACCAGUGGCGACACAUCAAAAUGGAAAAAAGUCUUCGACACGAAUGUGUUAGGCGUUUGCAUUGCAACCAGAGAGGCCGUAAAGAUUAUGAAAGCGAACAAAAUCGAUGGUCAUAUUGUUAAUAUUAACAGUAUUUGCGGACACCGAGUGCCUUAUACUUUUCCGGACGCUAAUGUGUUUCCAGCGUCCAAAUAUGCGUUGAGGGCAGUCACAGAAACUCUUCAGCAGGAGUUACAAUCGCUGGGUCUUAAGAUUAAGGUUUCGAGUGUCAGUCCUGGUGCAGUUUAUACUGAGAUUAUCAGAGCAACUGUCAGCCAGAGUUUGGAUUCGACAUUCGCAGAUACUUUGAAGACGAUGCCGACACUACAGGCAACAGAUGUUGCCGAAGCAGUGUUGUAUGCUUUGAGUACUCCUCCACAUGUUCAGAUUGAAGAUAUAAUUAUUAGACCUGUCGGUGACCUUAUAUAGCUUUCCGUGUACUACUGUAUUGUAUUUAAUUCGUUACUAAUAUGUGCAAUUACUGUGUUCUCUAAUAACAGAGUAGUUGAAGUGCUAUGUAUGUAUUUUAUUCAA